UUUGGGGCGUAAGGCAAGAGUUCCACUUGCCUUACCCUAGAGCCGCCCUUGCAGCCAUGGCAGCCAAAUCAGCUGCUGCUAUACGCAAAAAUUCACAUAGAUCGGACCAUUUCUUCCAAAAACUUAUUAAACAUCCUAAAUUACCUUUUGCUUUCGCUUUGCUCUUCGCUGAUUCCAUCCUCGUUACGCUAAUCAUCGCCUACGUUCCAUGUGAGAGUUCAAUUAAAUUCAUCAUUUUGAUCUGUAUGUUUCUCUUGUUCAGUAAUGCAACACAGGUUACUGGCUUUCUUGAAGGAGAGAGGGACUAUAGUAACUUGAAAGGUGAUACAGGGCCUCUAGUUUAUCCAGCAGGCUUUCUUUAUAUUUACUCUGCUAUACAAUAUGUUACCGGAGGUCAAGUCUAUCCUGCUCAGAUUUUUUUUGGCUUUCUCUACAUGCUGGAUCUAGCAAUUGUCGUGUUCAUCUACUUGAAGACUGAUGUGGUACCUUGGUGGGCUCUUUCCUUGCUUUCUCUGUCUAAAAGAGUUCACUCUAUCUUUGUUCUUCGAUUAUUUAAUGAUUGUUUAGCCACUACUCUCCUCCAUGCUGCAUUGGUCUCAAUUAUUUAUCAAAAAUGGCAUCUAGGGUUGGUAAUUUUCAGUGGAGCUGUUUCUAUAAAGAUGAAUGUGCUCCUGUAUGCACCACCUCUGUUGCUCCUGAUGGUGAAGGCAAUGGAUAUUGUUGGAGUGAUCUCUGCUUUAGCAGGUGCUGCAUUAGUGCAGAUUGUCAUUGGGCUGCCUUUUGUCCUGUCACAUCCAGCUUCAUAUAUAUCAAAAGCUUUCGAUCUUGGUCGUGUUUUCAUCCACUUCUGGUCUGUUAACUUCAAAUUUGUUCCUGAAGAAAUCUUUGUUUCUAAAGCUUUUGCUCUCUCCUUGCUAGUUGCUCAUCUCAGUCUGCUAUUGAUCUUUGCUCAUUACCGAUGGUGUAGGCAUGAAGGUGGACUGUUUGCUGUCGUGCACUCUAAAAUCAUUCAACUGAAGCUUAGAGUUGCUCACAGAAAUCCGUCUCCAACUAACAGGGUCCUUCAAACUGACCAUAUUGUGACGACUAUGUUUGUCGGGAAUUUCAUUGGCAUUAUAUGUGCCCGAUCCCUCCAUUACCAAUUUUACUCCUGGUACUUUUAUAGCUUACCAUAUCUGUUGUGGAAAACGCCAUUUCCAACCCUCCUACGUGUACUGUUGUUCGCAGCUGUUGAGUUUUGCUGGAAUGUCUUUCCCUCCAACAGUUUCUCAUCAAUACUCCUCCUCUGUGUUCAUUUAAUCAUACUGGGCGGUUUAUGGAUCAGUUCUCCGGAAUAUCCAUAUGUUGGAAAAACAACCUAUAAAUCAUCAUUUGAGAAGAAGGCCAGAUGAAGCACUACAUGUUUUCUCUCUGAGAACGGGAAGACCGCGUUUAUCAAAGUGUUGGCAUAUCUCUUAUCCAAAGGUUCAACCAACAAAUUAAGGAAAUAGGUUUGUAUGUUAUGAAGAAUUUCGUGGUUUGUCCAAAUAAUAUGAAGCUUAAGACUAAAGACCACAAGCUUAAGUUGAUAUUCACGCAGAAGAUCAAUGUUGAGCAGCUGUCAAAUCCACAACAAUUUGACAACAGUGAAUUAUUCAGUAAUUAAAUCUUCUCAUUUUUUCCAGUUGUAUUUUACUUUUCAUGAUCUGUUUUCUAUCUUUUGAGAACUAAACCAAUCCCAAUUAUAGUGUCAGAAAUCAAAGCUUAAGUUUUAGAUUAAAGUUGAA